AUGGAGAGCAGACGGCCUAGGUACGACCUGACCACCUACGAAUCGCUACUCAGCUUUGUCGUCGAAUAUGCGAGCAAGUACCUGGAAAUAAUUGAAGCACAUGAUCACCCGACUGAGCUCGCCUCUCGCCUGCAGAGCUCCAGUUGCGUCUACUUUGUGAUGACCAGGUUGGUGCGGGCCGCUUUGCGCACGCAUAGUACGGUGAACAAGCUGAGGAAUUCGAGCUGGCGCGAAUUCUUCUGGGGGCACGCAGUGCCAAAGCUGGUGGCGCAGGGGUACUUGCAGAAACAAGAGCAAGAGCUGUUUCUGUUUGCGACAACAUCAAUAGAUCACAGUGAAGAUGAUGAGCAGGUAAAGGAUGAUCGCGAAGAUCUUCCAAAGGCAGUAGAUGCGGCUGAUCUAGAAGAGCUUGGGGACGUGGCUGCAAGCAGCCGUGAAGAUGAUGAGUGCAGCGAGUCGUGGCUGUCUGGUGGUGUUGAUGUUGUUGAGGAAGUUCUUGCCGACGUGGACGACCCGAAACAACCAAAUGAUGAUCAUCAAAUGCUGCUCGACGACGAGUCAACGGCUUGUCGUGUGCGGGGGCCAGGAGCGGCGACAGCGGCUGAGGUCUCUGGUGGGACACGACUCGACGCAGUCGUGCCCGCGGCUGGAGGAGAUGGUGCUGGAACUUGCGUUCUUCUAAAACAAAAACAGCGGGAUAAAACUUCUAGUGCCGUAGAAGACUGCUCAGCAGCUCGAGCUAGCAGGCCGCUCUUCUUGCGCCAGCCACGGCCUGACGUUGUUGUGGCGGCUGCUGGUGCAGCUGGAG